CAAAGGGAAUACGUUUUAGUGUGUUUUGUUUUCCCUUUUUUCUCCAUCUUGGUUGAAACAUGUCUUCCCUCCUGCCGCAUGUCCGUUAUGUGGGCGGGGAAAGAAGGCGACUUCUCCGCCUCUGAUUCUUCACGCUAAACUCGUAGCUUGAAGGCAGACGCCGUUGGACGACAAGCGCCGCCGUUUUGAGGAAAUGCAUCUUUAUAGAUGUAAAACCUUGAGAUAAUUUUUUUGUUUUACGAAGCACGGUGAAGAGGACACAUUUUUAAAUCGGAUCCUGUCGGAUGUAUUUUUCAGUUUACCGCGUGAGCUUUUCAUUGUAGCCAGAGAGAAAAUCUCACUCCUUUUGUCUGUGCGCUGUUGUCUAUUCAUUUCAGUUGGACUUCUGCCUCCCACGGUAGAAAACAACCCUACAACAACAAGAGCUUUCUUUUCGGUUUCCGGGUUCGGUUCCAACGGAAUGAAUGACAAAGUCAAAGGAGGUUGAUGUCCACAACAGCCCGGCUCACCUCUCCUUCGCCUCGCCUAAAGAACGGAGACUCCAUCUCCGGCAGAAGAUGGAAAGCGGAGGCGGGAGAGAAGGUUCGGACAGUGGGCAGGCUCAGCACGCGGAGCUGCCUGCUCUCCUGUUAGCUCAGGGGGGGAAGAAGAAAAUUAAUCGCGCUCCGUCACCGGCCAGACCCAAGGAUGUACCCGGGUGGUCCCUCACGAAGAUCCGCGGUGGUUUGGGAGCCCCCAGUCUGAGCGUGAAGCCAGGAGCGAUCCACCUGGGGAAUCGCAUUUCCAGGCGAAGCCCCAGUGGAAAAGACGUUAAAGCCGAUAAAAAUGGUGUGAAACCGGCGGGCAAGUCGUCCGCUUCCUCCGCCAACGCGUCGUCCAAGAACUCGGCCACCAAGAUGGCCAAAAGUAGCAGCGGUGCACGGAGGGUGUCGGACGCCAGCAUAGGAUCGGACGACCUGUCCAAGGAUUCCGGCUGCGCCGCUGGAAAGCUUUCUCCCACCGACAGUAGCUCCGAAUUGUCUGACUGCGCCUCCGAGGAGCACAAACUCUCCUCAGACGCCCCCAGCAGUGACACCGAGUCAAGGAGUAGCCGAGGUGGCGGGGACAACCAGCUCGGGAAUGGAACUCAUCAAUACCUUGCCGGUGCUAAAAGCUCCACGGAGAUACGCGAUAAGGACCGACUGUCUGUUGGUGUUGAGGCCGGCGAGGAGAGCUCAUCUGCGCCCGAGGAGCGCUCGGUCACCUCGGUGGACAGCCGGAUGCCAGCCAGCACAUCUCUGGCCUUCUCUGACCUCACUGAGGAGUUUGUGGACGGUAUGCAUGAGGAAUUUGUGAGGGAAAUCGAGGAGCUCCGGUCUGAGAAUGAUUACCUCAAAGAUGAGAUGGAAGAGUUGAGAUCUGAGAUGCUGGAGAUGAGAGACAUGUACAUGGAGGACGACGUCUACCAGCUGCAGGAACUGCGCCAACAGCUGGAGCAGGCGAACAAGCCCUGCCGCAUUUUGCAGUACCGGCUGAGGAAGUCGGAGCGGCGCUCCAUCCGUGUGGCCCAAACGGGGCAAGUGGAUGGCGAACUGAUCCGAACACUGGAGCAAGACGUCAAAGUGGCAAAAGAUGUGUCCAUCCGUCUCCACAGUCAACUGGACAGCGGGGAGCAGAAGAGGGCCCGUCUGGAGGAGGAGAACGAGGAGCUCAGAGUCCGACUCCAGGAUCUGGAGGUUGCCAAACAGGUCCUGCAGCAGGAGAUUGACAAGAACUCCCAGAAGAAAAGAGCAGCGCGACCCAACAACAAACCAGACAAGAAGCUCCCCCCGCAGGAGGACAGCUCAGACCUGAAGUGUCAGCUCCACUUCGCCAAAGAGGAAUCGGCCCUGAUGUGCAAAAAGCUGACCAAAUUGGUGAAGGACAGCGAGGCCAUGAAGGAGGAGCUGGCCAAAUACAGGUCCCUUUACGGGGACGUUGACGCCUCCAUCACUGUUGAGGAGGUUGCCGACUCCCCCCACACCCGCGAGGCAGAAGUCAAAGUUCACCUGAAGCUCGUGGAAGAGGAGGCCAACCUGUUGAGUCGCCGAAUUGUGGAGCUGGAGGUAGAGAACAGAGGCCUCCGAGCUGAGAUGGAUGACAUGAAAGGGCCGCAAGAUGGGCCUCAAGAACUUAACGGUGUUGGAGGUGGUCCGGGGACAGGGCCAGUCGCCGGGGUAAGCGCUUCAUCUGAAAACGUCAUGGAGCUUCAGAGACACCUCCAGUUUGUGGAGGAGGAGGCGGAGCUUCUGAGGAGGUCCCUGCUCGAGAUGGAAGAGCAGAACAAGCUCCUGAUGAAUGAAAUCAACCGCUAUAAAUCUGAGCUUCCGCCGCCACCGCCGCCCCUCACUUCCGGCUCUGGGACGUCGCUGUCGGAAAGGCUGCUUCACGAUGGGUCGCCACACUCCGUGCAGGAGGGAGCUGUGCUCAUCAGCCCAGAUGUGUCCCCCCAGGAGGAAGAGCUUCGAGUAGCACGGCUUCAGAUCGGAGAGCUCGGCGGGAAAGUGAAAAAGCUGCAGUACGAGAACCGAGUGCUCUUGUCCAACUUGCAGCGGUGUGACCUUGCUUCCUACCAGCCUCCAUCCUCCUCCUCAUCUUUACGAGUGGCUCUGGAGACGGACCAAGAGGCCGGAGAUUCAGCCGAGUGUCUCCCUAACAGUUCGCCACAUCGCAAAGAGCCAUUAGGGGUGGAGAACGAUUUACUGGAGAGCACCGAACAAAACAACAAGAUGGACAAAACUGCCGGGCCAAAAGCUUCACCGUGUGGCCUCCUCGGGCUCAAGGACCGUGACGCUUUGCUCGCCAUGAGGGACCAGGCUCGCCUGAUUUCCACAGCGAUACAGCUCCUCACUGCCCCGGAGUCGAACUGCCUCCCUUCCUCGCCGUCCAUUUAUCACAGCGUUUGCAGCAACGAGGCGGCAGAAUCGUGUGAGCUGGAGAAAGUGCAGCCUCCCUGCCAGAUCACCGAGCUUUCCGACUUGGCUGACAGGCCGCUGGUUGGCGCUCUGACCAGCAGGCUCCAGGCCCUUCACGGCCAGCUGCAGGUCUUCGUGGAGCACGUUGACAGCCUGGGGAAAUCCUCACUUGGUGAGGGUCAGUCUUCCUUGACCUCAUCAGUCAAUGUAUUGUCCUGCGCCGAAGACCAACGUGAUGCACUCAAGACUGCAGAAGAGAAGCCUGAUUGUAGGGACCGGUUGCAGCCGGGGUUCAAAGGGGAAACAGAGGAGAACGGUCACGGUGACGACAAGAAAAGAAAAAAGCACAUUGCGCAGACAGAGGAGGAUAAAGAGGAGACACAAGAUGCACUGUUCGGUGAUUGCCGCGCCAAGCCGUGCGAGGUACUUGGUUCCACUCAAGCGGCGUCGGAGAAGGAGACGGAGAUUCAGAGAGAAAUGAAACUGAAACUCUCACAGCUCCACGAGGAGCAGCAGAAGGCUCUGCUCCGCCGGGACUUCCAGUUGCAGAGUUUAGGCCUCCAGGCUCGGCUCCAGUACAAGUUAUGGGGCCAAGAGAGGACGCUGCUGGUACAGGAGUCUCGGCACCUCAAAGAAGCGUUGCUGCUGCUCAGCCUCAAGCUCCGCUGCUUCCUCAAACACUGGAGGCUGGACUGCAAGAAGGACAUGGAGUGGAAAGACAUCCUGGAGAUGAACAACCUAAAGGACCUCUACCUUUUAUUGGAGGCGGAUAACCUGACAAGCCCCGUGCACUUAAGCGGAAAAAAGGCCGAUGGAGACGAACAAACACUUGGCCCGGCUAUCAAGUUGAAUGCCGUGAGCAGCACUCUGGCGGACCUCAAGGUCGCGCUGCAGGACCUGAGUGGCGAGCUGCGGCAGGAGCGGCAAGGCUCCCAGGAACUCACCCAGCAGUUUGCAAAGGCCAAGGCAUCGUGGGAAGUGGAAAGGACCGAACUUAAAAGCCUCAUCACUCAGCUUGAGACCAAAGCAGCCAAAGCGGCCUCUCUGUCCUCAGCUGACGCAAUGGACCCGCCUGACCUGAAGGUGGCACUCAAGAGGGAGCGUGAGGAGCACCAGCACCUUCUGGCCGAGUCCUACGCAGCCGUGAUGGACUUGACCAAACAGCUUCAGAUCGGAGAGAGGAACUGGGGCAGGGAAAAGCUGGAGCUGUUAGAGCGGUUCAGCCAGGAGAGAGCACAGUGGGAGCAGAGGCUAAGAGAGACCAAGUCAAAGUCUUCAGGCUCUGAGUCCUCUGCAGACACUCUUGUCACCACUGGAACAGGAUCACCAAGGACCAAAUCCAUACCACAACUCGAUGAUCCAGACUUCCGGCCAACAGCUGAUCUAAGGGGUUUGGUGCACUUUGCAGCCCCCCCUCCUUUGACACCGCUGAGUGACUCCAACAAGAAGAAUUGGACCUGUCUGACUGAUGAGACUUCAGAUGCCGGGGAAACCUGUAAAACCUGGGACGGUCCCAGCGCCAGUGUCUCCUGCAGCAACUUAGUGGGAUCACAGCUGGAUCUGGAGUCCAUCCAGAGGAGCCACACAGCUCCAGAAAGCACCGGAAUCAGGAUGUACUACAGCCCGCCUGCCGUCCGACGCAUGGAACACCAACGAAGUAAACGGGAGGCCAACGGGAACCCCGACGGGGGCUCUGCCCUCGGGCUGACUGUCGCUGAGGCUGGUCCGGCUGAGCCGCCGCAGCCCUCGUCCUGCUUUUCGUCAUCUUAUGAGCAAUGGCUGAGCUCGCUAUCCGAGCAGCAUCGAGAGCUGCUGGAGAGCAGGAGCGCUGCGGUCAACAACGGCUCGACUAACGGCGUGGCCGACGGGUUGACCUCAUCGGCGUUCCGCAACUUGGAAAUGGGUGAGAUUGCAGCAAACUUGAGUGAUGACAUGAAAGAGAUGACCAACUGUGUGCGCCAAGCCAUUCGCUCCUCAUCUCUGGAGAGGAAAUCUGGCAAGGAACAUGCGGUGGGGAUGUCGAGUAGGUCCACGCAAACGGCUGCACAAUGCGUCAGCAUCGGGCUUCAAACUGAGAACCUCACCAGCAGCAGGGGUGCCGGUUUGCACGCCAAAGCCUGGUCGCCCCGGCCCUCCUCUACAACCACUUCUCCGUUAGCGUCAGCCCGAACGAGACAGAUAUCAACGUCUCUGGACAAAGUUCACAGCCGAAUCGAUAGACCCUGUUGCUCGCCCAAGUUCGGAUCCCCGAAGCUCCAGCGCCGCGUGUCCUCAGGCUCCACCUCCAGACUGGACGGGACUCCGUCGUCUCGAGAGCGCAGCCUGUGGAACCUCCAGCAGAGAGCCAUGAGUGGGGGUGGAGGGUCAGCCUGGGCCCGCUCAACCACCACCAGGGACAGCCCCGUGCUGAGCGGCCUCACCGACGGACUUUCCAGCCUCUUCAGUGUGGUGGAACAUUCGGGAAGCACUGAGACACUCUGGAGGGGCGACGGAGGUGCCAGUCCAGCGCGACACCCUCACGCCGCGGGGAAACCCUCCUGCGCCUCAGUCUGUGCCGCUGACCCAAACACUCAGCGCUUCGGGGGCCUCGUCCAAGAGUUCCUGCAGAAUGUGUGCAGCGGGCGGAGCCAGGGAGGCGUCAUCCUGCCGGCAGAGAGAAUGCCGAGAGACUCUCUCGUCGGAGGAGGCUUCAAUUGCGUGGAUGAGCUCAAGCCAGAAUGUCUGCCAGCUGCCGUGGGAGGUCUCGGCGCCUUGGCCGGACUGUGUGGAGGCACUGACAAUGUGACCAGGAUUGUUAACAAGCGGUUCAUGAGACAAACGACCGGCGACGAGAUGGUCAGUAUCAUGGGAGGAGGAGGAGGGAAGGACGGGAUGGGCAGCACUGGCUCCGCGGGCUCCGGGACAGAGGACGGACCCUGUGACUGCAUCGUUCCGUCCAACUGUCCCUCCCGACCUUCUCGAGGCCCUCGCACCUCACCGGGACAGUGCAAACACCGCCCACACGAGUCCUCGGUCUCCAUCGAGGAGAAGGGAGACGCCUUGACAGAGUGACAUCACUCCUUCAACUGCGCACACACGGACACGCACACGGCAUGAUUCCACUCAAACACUGCUCCCCAUUGCCACACAUUCACUCCUAUCACCUAACCUGCCACAUACGUGCACUGCCAAACGUAACACACACUGCUCAGCACAUAUUUUCAUGUUACACACACACACACACACACACACACACACACACACACAUUCAGUUCCCAUUUCUCAGUGUCAGUAGCUCUUAGGGCAGGAGGCUGGGCCAUCAUACCGUUUCAUACUCACAAUACUACCAGCAGGACGUUAUGAUAAAUACCACUAUGGACCUAAUGAAACCCUCAUCCACAGUAGUUUUGCGUAUCAUGUUACGCCACUAAGCUAUGACAAUAAUCUCGAGGGACUGAAAACGAAAGAAUGUAGUCCUCGCUCACCCCCACCAGCAUUGGCUGCUUUGUCGACAGGAAAAAAAAAACAAAAAACAGAGAGAAGAACUUUUUAUGCUCCAGCGACUCAUUUUUAAUCAUCCUCCCAUUUGAAGACCUCAACGAUACUCGGAAUUCUGGGACCUUUCAUUCCAAACAUGGGACCAUUGUGUUAUGUAAUAAUUCGGUGUUUGUAGAUUGUAAGGGGAAAAAAAAAAA